GCCAGAACAAUGGCGAAUAUUUAACUGACAAAUAUUUAACUUUUCAGGCCGUACAAAAAUCAGAUGUGACUUCUCGUGACGUCGCCUCCUAGAAGAGGCAGUACUUCGGAGGAAGCUUGACAAGAAGGAAUUCCGAAAAGAUUCUUACCGAAGACCCGCUUCUGGACAAAAGGGGGGAAUGCUUAACGGAGAAUCGGGAAUCUUGGCAGAGGAAUGGCACUUUGACCUGGAUACCCCGUACAUUCCGGCUCUACAGCUUUCACAUGCCAUUAUAAAACAUGUUUGUCAAUACUUACCCACUCAAGGCGACAAGCAGCGCGCUUGUUUGAUACAUCCCUUAUGGUCACCAGCAGCAAUUGACAGUUUAUGGGAAGAACCUUUGCUCCAUACUGCUGCUGCUUUUCAAGGCUUCUACAAAGUAGUCCACAUCAAAAAGCACCUGGCUCUGCGAGUCCAGUCACUCAAUAUUAUACAUGACCCAAAUAAUAACGAUACAAACACUAUCAAGCGAUCCAGUCAACCACACCAUGCCUUGAGAGAUUCGACUUUAGCUAAGCCAGCGGUCAUAAUGGCACUUCUUCGACUCUGCGAGAAUAUCAAGUCUCUUCAGAUCUAUGGUUGGCAAAUUCAAGCUCAACAUAUCGAAAACCUUAGCCACAUGCUUCCUAAGUUACAGCGUCUGACCAUCAUUGGCGAUAAUGAACGAUUGAUGGUGCUAUCAUCGCCUUUUCGGAACCUGCUGUCGCGACUUAAUACUCUCAGACUUGAUGGCGUGCGCAACAUCAAUGCAAGCUUUAUUUCUUUGCUAGACCGGCGUUGUCAAAAUUUGGAAAGUUUGCAACUUAGUGUUCAAGACAUUGGACCCGACGGCUUCGAAACGUUGACAUAUGGAAAAUUGCACUUACGCGAUUUGGUUCUGACAGAUUGCGUACCUUUGAAAGAUUUUCAUGUAGCUGAAAUCGUGAGAGCAUUUCCACACUUGCGAACCUUGAUCUUGGAUGGCGCCAGCAAACUUACCGGCGAGUCGCUGGCUCAUAUCUUUGAACGGUGUCACGAAUUAGAGAAACUAGAUAUUAGAGUGGAACCUGAUUACAACAAGCAAACUCAAUCUCAAACAGCUAAUCAGCAUUUGAAACUUUACGGCAAGGCGGGGGAUUUACGUCAACUGUCUCUGCGUGGCAUAUGUUUGGAUGCUAUUACAGUUCAGUCCAGUUUAUGUGGACACCCUCAACUUCGUGAAUUGAAUCUGGAAGCAUGUGAUGUACUAUGUGACGACGAUUUUCGACUCAUUUGCAAAAGCAGCCAAUAUCUCGAAUCCAUUAGAUUGAUAAAUUGUUCCAACCUUACCGGCCGCGCUCUAGUAUCUAUAGCGCGAACCAACGAUGCCAAACUAAUUGAUGUGUCUAUGAUCAGAUGCGGACAUAUAUCACCUCAACAACUAAAACAGUUUUGCCAAAGCGUGGCCGACCGGUCCUCUAAGAAGCUUAUUGUGAGCCAGGGUAAAGGACUGGCGCAUUCGGACUAUGUGACUUAUGCAUCGAUCGACCCUUUUACUCAAGAACCAGCCUACAUAUUUGAUGGAGAUGCCAUGAAUUUUCUAGCUCAAGCAGCAAACCCCAGCUAUGAUUCCUUAGACGAUAGUGAACAUCUGAUAUCUCAACGCACGUACACAUUGGAUCGAAAACAGGUGGCGUUGGUAGCUGAACUACUUGGAAUUUCAUCGCAACAGUUGCGUGGCGCGAUAUCAAAAGUUCUGAGCACCACCCCGGACAAGAAGGCUUUCAAGUUUGCAAACGACGCAGCGAAUCCCUCGCCACAACAUCCUGUUCAAGUGCCUUGUCCAUCAACUUUCGCUACCUCAGAACGUGAAUCUACUCCUGUAGCAAGCAGUGGUCGGAUAUCAUUCAAAGCGAAUGAAUACCAUGGUUUGGAGACCAAUGAACCAGCUGCUUCGUCUAUGGCCCAUAUGGAUGAUUGGAGCAUCCCGCCAGAAAAUCGAAAGCACUCACCGGGUAAUCGCAAAAUAUCCAUCAAACCAGCGGAGGCCUUUUCAGCAUCCCUGGUCUCGCCUGCAGAGAAGUCUUGGAAAGAACCAGUACCGACGUCUACCCCACCCUUACCUCAAUCACAACUGCCUGACUUUAUCGAGCCUUCCAACGAGAAAAAUGAGCAAAAGAUUGUUUUUAAGUACCAACCUCUUAGAGAUCAGAGCAAGCCUAUGAGCAAGGAAUCACCACCAACUGCAAGCCCAUCACCACCACGAAAGGAAGACAAGCCCGCUACAAAUGGAGGGUCUAAUCCGCCUACAGAUGUAAUGCAGUUAGGUGGCUGGGGAGUUGCAAGUAGUCCGAAUUGGGGCGAUGGAUCUUCUUUUGGUGAGACAUCCAAUGGAUGGGAUGCUACCGCUGUCGAGCGCAUGAAGUGGCAACCUGCUCAGAUCGUAAAUGCACCCGUGGCCAAAGGUCCGAAGAAGAAAGGAACUCGCUUAUUCUUACCGGCAAACGCCAGCAGCGAAGGAUGGGGCGCACCUCCUACUCAAUCAGUCGCUUGGGACGAUAACCGAAGACAAGGAUUUGCACAUGACAUUAUCGAAUCACAACACCAGACAGUAUUUUGGAAAUUAGAGAACGGAGUCUGGAAGAAACUCUCAUCUGGGGAACAACAGCAAGCGAGAGAAGCGCAAGGAUCUAUUACGGCACAGCAGCGACCACGGAUGUCAACCGCUGGCCUAGAAUCUCCUAGUCUAUCUGCACCACUAACACGCUAUGUUCUUGGCAACUCGGCCAGCGUUGUGGAAAAAGUCCUACCUGCUGUUGACACGAAGCAAGAAGAGAAGGCAGCAAAUGGAUAUCAGCUUAGUGAUGAUGACGAUGAUACAAAUCUCAGUCAUUCUGAUGAUGGCGUGACGAUCAGGACCUCUUCGGAUGACCCGUAUGUUAAACCAAAAGAUGAACCAACUUCAAGAACCCAGUAUAAAAACAUAAUGGAUGAAGACUUGCAAAUGGAUUUCUCCGAAACUAUACUGGCAACGCAAAAGUCCUCUGGUGAAUCUGAUAGCCCUCCUAGUCACCCAGGGAAUCCUCAAUGGGUCAGCUUUGAAGAUUGGCGAAAGGGCCACCUAGCCAGUUCCAUUGACCACCCUGAUAUUACAUCCCAAAGUCAUAUUACGGUGGAUCAAGGCGGUUGGGAUGAACAUGCUCAACAAGUUCCAGAGGUCAAUGCGAGCCAAAAUUGGGAUGCAUUGUACGAUGAUAAACCACAGCCAGAUGUCAUACCACCCGUUGCAAGUUAUAAGCUUGUUGACAUCCUUGACAAUUUCAAUGAAACUAUGUCUAUGCAAUCGGCGCAUUCUAGAGAGACUUCAGAAACGAAGUGGGGAGGAUAUGAUUCAAAUGUCGCAUUAUAUCAAGGUGUGAAUGAAAAUGAUGCUCUUCCACAAGAUUCGCCUGACAAACUUGAAGCUACCGUGGAAUACAUCAAGGCACAAGCUGAAUCUCGACAGACCGCUCGCUACGAUGUCAUCCGACAAACAGAAACAGAUCUGAUUUCUAACACAGGCUCUUAUGGUCACUACGAAUCUGACGAGUCAAAGUACAUUUCCAACACAAAUUGGGAAGGCUUGGAAUUCAACAGAAACGCCGACGAUGACUGGGUGUCUUCAUCAACGAGUGAAGCCGGUUACCCUGUAUCUGGGCUCGGCAUCUCCACUAAAGGCAGCCGACGUGGAAGAAGUAGACCAAGGUCAUCUGUCAGACAUCCUAUGCGACGAGAACAAAUGGCCGGGCAAUGGGGAUCAUUCCCUAUUGACAAUGUAAGCCUUGACGAUGUCACUGAUGAACCACCUAGCGUUCAAAGUCUUAUCAACGUCGACAUGGAUGAAACGUUUGAAAAUGAUCAAACCUUGGAUCAAGAGCACAAACCAAUGCCACAUCUAACUUCGUCUUUCACGAACUCGGAGUCUCCAGAAACCGGCAAUGCCUUUAACUUCAAUGCUGAUAGUACGUUCACGACAACAGACGUGGAACGAACAGACUCCGUGUGUUCGGAUUUGAAUGCGUACAUAAACAAAGAAAAUGAACACACACCGCUAGACGAAUUUGCAACGACCUCCAACUUCGAUAUGACAACUUCGUCUGCUGCGGAUGAUUGGAUCACCAAUUCGACAAACGGACUUCCAAAGGAGAAUAAAAUUGCCACCAGCAGCGUCAACAACAGCAAUCUUUUUGAUGACUUGAUGGAUGAAGAGUCCAAUGAAUUGCCACAGAACAUAACGACUUCAAGUGCUGAUACCAUCAUUGCGACAGCCCCUCAAGAACGCCAGGAAGUGUCACCGCAAACCGUCUCACCAACGCAAAACUCCACUCAUUCACCUCGUGUCAGUGGCAGCAAGAGCGUCGUGCUGUCUGUGCAAAUUGAAACGGUUGAUUCAGGCACCCAGCCACUCGUCAUUACCGAGAGUGAUGACCCUAAAGUGGUCAUUCACGACUUCUGUGACAAGUGGGCUAUGACUGAAUACGAAGAUAGGAUCAUGAACGUCACACUACCUCGGUACAAAGAGAAAAUGGCAAAACGUGUGCUUGGGAGGAUGUCGAAAGGUAGCAGCGGCACCUUGAAAAGUACGCCCUCAACUUCGACAACUGCUUCGGUGGAGAACGCCUUGUAGUUGCUGGAUUGGAGUUGUCCGUAAAAUUGGCUAUCUUUACUGUGUACAUUACAUAUUUUUUUUAUUCAUGUGCGCCACACUUUGUUAGUAGAUUAUGUCGGCAUUCAUGGUUUGACAUUGGUUGUUCUUUGGUCUGUUUGCCUUUGGUUUUUUCUUCCUUUCCUUUCUUUCGUUUUUACGUGUACAUUACAA